ACGUGACUCGUCCUUGUUGAAUAAGGCAUAACUGAACUGAAGCGCAAAUUAAUGAGAAUCCAAAAGAGAAAAAUACCAUGAAACAAAUACCUCAAAAAGUAAAGUGUGCCAUAUAAGUGUAUUAUAUUUGUGAUAUUUUCGUUUUUGUUAUUAUUCCAUCUCACUACAUAACCCGCUAAAGCAGUGAACCCGUGUCCACUCUGCCUGGUGCAAAUGGGUUUCCUCCCAUUUGUUGUCAAAGGAGGAUUUGUUAGCAUGCUAGCUAACGGCAUUCAACUAUGCCAUUGCGCGGCUGAAGAUCACAGGAAAGAGAAUGAUACAGCAAACCACCUGAAACCAUGAAAUGGAUAUACCAAAUUGACAACCAUUUGAAGAGGACUAAAACCAGAACAAGGAUUUUAUUGUAGAAGAUGCUUUAGUCGCGUUGUCUUUAUUAAACCAUCAAGCAGAAUAAUACGCGCUCCAGUCCAACAACGUUCGCCCGAGUAUGAUGGAGGUGAUGUCGUAUGACAACAGUUUGUAUUGAAUGAUCUAGCCAGCUCCUAUCGUUGUAUGAUAACGGAUGUCAGUCUCAACCCAGAAUUUGGGACAUGGAAAUACGUGUUUAGAUACCAUGCGUUGAACUGUGCCUAACACGCACAUGCACUUCUGUAUGUAUUUCAGACAGGUCCGAUCUGGAAACCUAGCAGUCGUUGGUCCACGAAAGUAUUUUAGCAUUGUAGCUAGCUUGUAGGCACCGACCUGCUUAGUUAGCGUUAGAGUAUUAACGUUAAGCUUUGUACACAUAAAAAGUUCGUUUUCAUUGCAGCGGAUCUUUGUCAUGCGUCUCACACUAGUUUUAAUCUGUGAAUAUUAGUGUACUGUUUGUUAACUAGCAUUCCGCUAACUACGCCAGUCCUUAAACCGGAGCUUGUGCGCUAGCCGACACUUUAUACCAAAGCACGGGUUACUUUAGCUUUUCUCUACUUAGUGAAUACACGGUUUUAUGAAAUGCAUCAGUCUGAAUCAACCGGGGAUUCUCCCGGGACCAAUAAGGUGGCACACGCAUCUGUUUUUACCAGUCGUAGGGGCAGUAACACGGGAAGUGGUGGUACGUCUGCCUCGUUGAACGCAGUCAGCAUGAACUGUAAUGCCAUCCCGACUGAUGACCACCAGUUAUCACAAUUAUUUCAGCAUACACCCCCAGCUGGAUCAUCCUCACCAAGCCCUCAUCAUUCUGCCACCAGCCUGAAUGUACAGGUGCAGUCUCAAUCUCACCAAAGCGCUGGGGCCCAAGUGAAAAAGAAGAGUGGCUUUCAGAUUACAAGUGUCUUGCCGGCGCAGGUCAGUGCUAGCACUAACAACAGUAUAACAGAUGAUCAAGAGAGCUAUGACGAUAUGGAUGAGUCACAUACUGAGGAUCUGUCCUCUUCUGAAAUUCUUGACGUGUCUGUGUCACGGGCCACUGACACGGGUAUUCCUGAGAGAAGUUCUUCUGAAGAAACGCUAAAUAGUCUACAUGGAGGAGAGACUCCUGGAGUUAUAUCACCUAAUGAGCCAGUGAAUCCUCACUUGCACUCUGUACAACCAGGAUAUAUGGUGAAUGGGACUGUUCAUCACCAUAACCACUAUCCUGGACACCAUAAGGACCUGGGGAUGGCCUCAAUGGCUAUGCCACAACAGCCAUUUCAAGGGGUACCUGUGUGCUUUGCAUCACUAAAUAGCAGUGCUCCAUCUACAGGCACCACUGUGCAAUCUUUUACUGCUGUCCAGAAUAUAACCCAAAUAUCCACCUCAGUCCAAGCUGCUGUUGUUGAUGUAAGUGCCACUGGAAAAGUGAACCAGACGUUAUUUUCAGCAUCAGGCUCUACAAGUGGUGCCAGUGAAACAGGGAUGCCAGGGGGUGUGAUUGGGUCAAAUGCUACUGGAGAAGGACUCCUUGGUGAAACAGUGCCUGAAGGAAACAGUACAAUGGGAAUUAUAGUAACAGCUGUGCAGCCUCCUCCAGCAUCCAGCACCCCUCAAAUUCAGGCUUCCACAUCCAUUGCAUCCCGUUUCAGAGUAGUGAAGUUGGACUCCAGCUCGGAGCCCUUCAGAAAGGGACGGUGGAUGUGCACAGAGUAUUAUGAGAAAGAAGCUCCUACUGCAGCUCCGUUUACAGAUGCAGCACCUACCUAUCAAGCUGUGGAGUGCUUCAUCCAUUCCGAGAGUGAAAGCACAAGUGGAGGUUCAUCUUGUAGCACGAUGAGUGGUGCAGGAGAUCAAGGAAUACAGCCUCCCCAGCCGAUAUUUGUACAACCUGCUGUCCCUGUUCUACAACCAAGUCUUUCCCAAAACUCUCCCCAACUUCACACACAUUCUCAAGAUACUGGAAUGCACACUCUUGCUUCACCAGCUGUAGUCUCCCCUAACAACCCACAAGUUGUUUCAGUCCCAAAUCUAUUAGGAACUGAAGGUCAGCCUCCCCCUCCCAGGGCUGAACAGCAGAGCCCCUACAUCGCAGAGGGCCACACUGGCCAGUUAAAGAGUGGCUACCCUAUUAAUCAACAGCCUUCUGUGCUCAUGAACCUGGGUUUGCAGUCAGUAGAUUAUGCCCAAAUCUCACAUUGCAUCCAAUCCCCAGCACAGUCUCAUCAGAUGCUGCCAGUUCAGAGCAGUAUAACACCUAGGGCUACCCCAGGACCUAGCCUUCCAUUUGGGACUCCCACAAUGACUGUCUCACACUCUGUAUCUUCAAGGCCCCAAGUUCCAAUUCCACAGUUCGCACAAGGUAGCACAGUAAAUCAGGUCCAGCAACAUCAAACGCAAAUGCCCUCAGAGCAGCAACAGCAGGCCACUGCUAAUCAGCCACCCCAACCAACAUCUUUGACUACAGGCCAGACUGCACCUAGUUUACCUUCCUCUUCUCUUCAGAGCAAUAUUCAACUAGGCAUUCCUACUUCCCUCAUGCAUGGAGGUACUGUUGGAGGUCACUCUGGUGGGCUAGGUCUGACUUUGCACCACAAGGGAGGCCAGUCCUCCCAGCUUCCCCUAGCAAGAGGCCCUUAUAGUGGUGUAACACCUCUGACAGCCUCCCAGCUCGAAGAUGCUGGGCGUCUACUUUUCCAGCACCAGUCCCUAUUUUCUCUGCCCCGGCUGGCAACAGGUGGUGUGUCGGGGCUUGCUGGACAUUGUGGCUUUGAAGCAAGUGCCAGUUUUGUACAUGAGGGUAGUGCCAGUGGAGAUGCUGGUUCUUUAGCAACGUCUGCAGGCACAGAUGAAGACAGCUCUUCGGGUGCUAGUGUUGUGGCCAUAGACAACAAGAUUGAGCAAGCAAUGGACUUGGUGAAAAGCCACCUCAUGUAUGCAGUACGUGAAGAAGUGGAGGUGCUGAAAGAGCAAAUAAAGGAGCUGAUUGAGAGAAAUUCCCAGCUGGAGCAGGAAAACAACCUACUAAAGAAUCUGGCCAGUCCUGAGCAGCUAGCUCAGUUUGAGGCUCAGGUGCAGAGCACUUCCCCAACCUUGGGUACUCAAUCAGGAACUCUGGGUGGUCCACCAACAUCACAUACCCAGGGUUUGGGUCCUCCAGUGUAACCUCUACCUCCUAGUAGAGUAAUGGAGGGCUACUGACCUACAAUCUCACCAAAAUAUAACAAGUUAAACAAUACUGUGAACACUUUCAUGACUGGCAGCAAGAUUGCUAAACACAGCCACAGUUGCUGAACCUUGAGGAUAUACUUCUAAACUUUUUCUCAUUUGCACAUGGUAAACUAUCAUAUGACGCUACUUGUUAAGAGCCAACUCCUCGAGAGCUUUACAUGCUUCAGACAAUCAAUACGGAGAAAAAGACUUGAAGUGGACUGUAACAUAAGCCAAUCAUGGGGAGGAUAAAGAUGUUUGGAAUUCGGUCUAAUGAAUCGCACCUUCGCAUGCUCCAGAGUCUAUUAUGAAUUGUUCAUAUCGGCAGUGAGUGGGAAUUGUGCUGUUAUUGGUGCAUAAUCCCUCUUUCGCGACCAGUGCUUUCCUUUUUGUCUUAUGUCGUUUUCAUUUUUUAAAUGAAAAAUAAAAAGCACUUUACAGUGACUACAACGAAGAAAAUGAAAGAUUGGAACCUUUCAUCCCAAAUAUGAAUCUGGAAUGGUGAUUUAAUGCAUUUUAGUAAGGCUUAGAUGAAUUAUCUUUUUUUUUUUUUUUUUUUUUUUUCAUUUUUAACAAUUAAUUCCUUUUAAAUUUUGGUAGUUUUCAGGCUUUAAAUUGAAUAGCUAUGCCUCAGUGUUCAGACUUUAAUCUCAUCAUUUCUGCCCUUCUAAACUUGUGGCUCAUGUAUUCUUAAGCAGGGAUACAAAGUGUUUCAGUAGUGGGACAUACAGUAGGUGUUUUUCUGCUGCAGACCUAGGGGUGGAUGUCCACCAAAAGUUAUUGAACACUUUUUAAUUAAUAAAACAAAUGUUUGUGUAUGUAAAAUGACUGUAAUAUGCAUAGCAGGGAAAAUUGAAAUAAAAUGAGUUGUUAAUGUA